UCUAUUUCUUAAGAAGAGCUAAAAGGAAACAAGCAACAAUGGCAUCUCUCAACUGCAGAUGGAUAUUGAGUUUCUUCCUCAUUGCGACAAUGACACUUUUUCACCAAGCAAUAGCCGACGGUUACUAUUCCACCCCUAAGUUUAAAGCCAUGCCUUGGAAGCUUGCUUAUGCCACGUUCUAUGGGGACGAGACUGCUUCCGAGACAAUGGGUGGAGCUUGUGGAUAUGGGAACUUGUUCAAUUCUGGUUAUGGAACAGCAACUGCAGCAUUGAGCACAGUGCUAUUUAGCAAUGGAUAUUCAUGUGGGCAAUGCUUCCAAAUACAGUGUGUGAAGUCUAAAUUUUGCUACAAAGGAUUUACCACAGUUACAGCCACAAAUCUCUGCCCGCCCAAUUGGGCCCAAGACUCCAACCAUGGUGGUUGGUGCAACCCGCCACGUCAGCACUUUGACAUGGCUAAACCUGCUUUCAUGAAAAUUGCUCAAUGGAAAGCUGGCAUUGUCCCCGUCAUGUACCGUAGGGUACCUUGCAUUAAGAAAGGCGGGAUUCGGUUCGCAUUCCAAGGAAACGGUUACUGGUUAUUGGUAUACGUGAUGAACGUCGCCGGAGGGGGUGAUGUGGCAAGCAUGUGGGUGAAGGGAAGCAAAACAGGGUGGAUGAAGAUGAGCCAUAAUUGGGGAGCAUCAUACCAAGCAUUUGCAACACUUGCAGGACAAUCUCUUUCUUUCAAACUCACUUCCUACACAAAUCAUGAAACUAUUAUAGCUUCUAAUGUUGCACCUUCUAAUUGGCAUGUAGGCAUGACUUAUCAAGCAAAAGUCAACUUCCAUUAGUCAUGUAAUGACUUAAAUAUUGGCUAAUGCGGAUUAGUCGGGCUAGUAAAUUUUGGAUACCUAAUGGCUUAAAAUUUUCCUUCUAAGCCUUCUGGCCAUCUUCGCUACCCUUUUUCCCCUUUUUACUAUCUAGGCGCCCUUGAAGGAGUGGUGCUACGAUCUUCUUCCUACAAAAGUCUUGCUGUAGAUAUAUUUGCCAGCAGUCUUUUAAGUUUUAUUUUGCAAUCUUGUACCUAGUCUUUCAAUGCUGAAAGGAAUGUACGUCUCUUGUAAUGCUGAA